CGGAGCAUCAGUCGCAAACUAAACUACCAACAUGAAAUUCGUGAUCCUCGCCUGCGUGGCCGCCGUGGCCGUCGCCGCCCCCCAGUACGCCUACGAGACACCCGCCCCGACCUACCUCGCCCCCGCCGCCUCCACCCGCGACGAGUCCGCUGAGAUGAUCGAGUUCAUUCCUAUCCUGAGGGACGAUCGCGUCCACGAGGACGACGGAAGGUACAACCUCGACGUGGAGACUGCCAACGGCAUCUCCAUGUCCCAGUCCGGCUCUCCCGACGGUCCCGACGGCGCUAUCGUCAAGGCAGGACAGUACUCUUACACCGCCCCUGACGGCUCUCUGAUCGAGAUCAAGUUCGUGGCCAACGAGAACGGAUUCCAGCCCCAGGGCGCCCACCUGCCCGUGGCUCCCGAGUUCCCCCACCCGAUCCCUCAGUUCGUCCUCGACCAGAUCGCCUUCGCCGCCGAGGAGGACGCCGCCCGUGAACGUGCUGAGGCUCAGGCUUCCGCCCCCGCGCCCACCACGCUCUACGGCCAGCCUCAGUAGACCGAUGGCUGAAAUCUGUGAUAUUUAUAAUAUUUAUGAGAUUGAUUAAACGACGCUAUGCUGAAACGAAUAAAAGAAUUUCGAUCA